GCUGCUGCCCGCCAAAACGCGCGGGGUGGCGGGACGGGGCAGAGGUGCGCAGACUGCUCUCCCAGCUGCCCCCAGCCUGCCGCGAUGCCCAGUGACACCCCGGCCUUUAGCAAGCCCCCGGACGUCGCGGGCCCAGGGGACGAGGCGAACAGCUUCGGAAAGGCGGCGGCCCCUAUGGCCGCCGCCCCGGCGGACAGGGGCGCCGCUGCAGCGGGGAAGAAGCAGCCGCGACUGCCCAAGUGUGCCCGCUGCCGCAACCACGGCUACUCCUCGCCGCUGAAGGGGCACAAGCGCUUCUGCAUGUGGCGGGACUGCCAGUGCAACAAGUGCAGCCUAAUCGCCGAGCGGCAGCGCGUCAUGGCAGCGCAGGUUGCCCUAAGAAGACAGCAAGCUCAGGAAGAGGAACUGGGAAUCAGCCACCCAGUGCCCCUACCCAGUGUCCCUGAGAUGGUUGUUAAGAAGAACAGUGGUGGCAGCUCUUGCCUCUCACUGGAAAGUAGCAGCCCAAUGCACUCGACAAGUACAGCCAUGACAGCAGCUAGUACACCACCAGAGGGACGGAUGCUCAUUCAGGACAUCCCUUCCAUCCCCAGUAGAGGGCACUUGGAGAGCACGUCUGAGUUGGUUGUGGACUCCGCCUACUACAGCAGUUUUUACCAGCCGUCUCUGUAUCCUUGUUACAACAACCUGUACAACUACUCCCAGUACCAGAUGGCAGUGGCCAGUGAGCCUUCCUCAAGUGAGACAGGGGGUAGAAUUGUAGGGUCGGCCAUGAAGAACAGCCUUCGAAGUCUCCCAGCGACAUACAUGCCGAGCCAGUCAGGAAAACAGUGGCAGGUGAAGGGCAUGGAGAGACACCACGCCGUCAGCUCCCAGUACCGCGUGUGUUCCUACUACCCACCUGCUUCCUACCUGGGACAGGGGGUUGGCACUCCCGUGUGCCUCCCCCAAAUUCUGACCUCGGAGGACAUCCCCUCCUCCUCAGAGUCAAAAGCAAGAGUGUUUUCGCCGCCCAGCAGCCAGGACUCCGGCCUGGGAUGCCUGUCGAGCAGCAGCGAGAGCGCCAAGGGGGACCUGGAGUGCGAGCCCCCUGCGCAGUCCGGCAACUUCACGAUGAGCCCCGUCCAGGAGGGCGGCGAGUAGCCGCGGCGCGGCGGCCCUCGCCCGGGGCAGGGCGGUACAGCAGCAGCGUUCUCGGUUUGCUUGUUCUGUUUGGGGGUUGCGGGGGACGGGCGGGGGGUGUUUGGUUUCUUCUUCCCAGGUGCGGGGCAGGACGUCAGCUUCCCCGGGGGCCGCCGUGGGGCCUCCCCGCCGCCGCCAGGGCUGGCUGACGCAUCCUGCCACCGAGAAGGCAGCGCGAUGCCUCCGCCGCCUGUCUCAGGGGCGGGGGUGCUGCCGUCGGGGCAGAGGUGGAGAAAGCGUCGCCGAAAUGCGGGCAGGGGCUCCGGGUAGCGGGAGCCAAGAUAACCGGGAGUCCUGUGCCGGCCUCUCCCUGUGCAGGGGCCCGUAACUCAUCUGUGGGAAACAUCAUCGUGUUAUGUCUUCCUGACGGUUCCUAACAGGCUAACGCUGCUGCUUGAUCUGGGAGUUUUCUUCUCAUGUCGCCAAAUUAACAUAUUUUGCAUAUUACAGUUGAGUGCCUUGCUUUAGAUUGCAGUCUAAACUGCAAGUAAGUAAGUAAGUCCCUUAAGAGUUGCCAUGAGUUUGGCGUUUGUUAUUUUAUUAAAAAUGGGUUAUGGUGUUCUUUCCUCGUGUUACCAAAACCAAUCUGAAAUGAAACUAGUCUAGAAAAAUUCAUUGUUCUCUGUACUUGCAGCUGUACCUGAAAUAAAAAUGUUAUUGAUGACUGAA